CUUCGAUAACGACUAUCAAAAACAGUCGGAGAACCGCAUGACGCCUCGGGUUGCUUUGCGACCGCACAACUCACGUUCUUCUGUCAUGCUGUGUGUCCGGUGCAGGCCGUUUCGCGUGUACGCGGUUUGAAACAGCGUUCCUUUGUUUCGCCUGUGUUCUUAAGUUCUAAAAUUAAGUUGUUUGAGGUGAGCGAGCGAAGAUGGCUGCCGUAGUUGGCGCCUGCUGCAAACUCCGACGAGCAAGAUUACCGGCACGAUGCACAGCCAUGGCGAUGAGCACACAGAAUUCAGAGGAGGGCAGCCAGCAGUGGGUGGACAGUGCAGACGUGGUGGUCAUUGGUGGUGGCGCCGUCGGUACCAGCGUUGCCUACCACCUCGCCAGGUUUGGUGUCAAGAAGGUGGUCUUGCUUGAGAAAUCGGAACUCACCGCUGGAUCUACCUGGCAUGCCGCUGGUCUUCUGGCAUUGUACAACCCUGGAAUCAACAUGAAGAAGAUUCACUACAACAGCAUCAACUUCUUCACUCAGCUUGAGCAGGACACAAAACGGGAUCUGAGCUUUCACCGUCCUGGGAGCCUCCGACUGGCCUCCAGUCCGACGCGGAUGGACGAAUUCCGCUACCAGAUGCAGCGGCAGGGCUGGCACGACGCCCCGCAGAAACUGGUCAGCCCCGACGAGGUCAAGCAACUCGUGCCACUGCUUGACGUCGACAAGGCAGGGGUGUUGGGAGGUCUGUACAAUCCAGCCGACGGACACAUCGACCCGUAUUCCCUCACGAUGGCAAUGGCAUCGGAGGCCAAGAAGUUUGGCGCCCGCAUCUUCCAGCAGACGGGAGUGCGGGGCCUGAAGAGAAGGCACGGGGAGGACUCUUGGUCGGUCGAGACUGACCAGGGCACCGUGAGGGCCUCCAACGUGGUCAACUGUGCUGGCUUCUGGGCCCACGAAGUCAACGCCCUUGCUGGUGUCGAGUUGCCACUGGUUCCAAUUCACCACCAGUACUUCAUCACAAACUCCGUUCCGGAGCUCCAAAAGACAAAGAAGGAGUUCCCCGUGAUUCGGCACCUGGAAGGGGGCUUCUACCUCCGCCAAGAAAGGGACGGAAUGCUGGUCGGCCCUUACGAGCACCAGGACAAGAUGCAGAUCUGCGACGAGUGGGUCACGGAUCGGGUGCCGCCUGGCUUUGGGAAAGAACUUUUUACUCCGGACUUGGAGCGCCUUUCGGACCACAUUGAGGCUGCCAUGGAGCUGGUUCCAGCGUUGCAUACUGCCCAGAUACGGACCACGGUGUCUGGUCCCAUCAUGUACACGGCCGACUCGCUACCCUGCAUCGGACCAAUGCCCCACGCUCCGAAUUUCUGGGUGGCUGUCGGUUUUGCCUAUGGCAUCAUCCAUUCCGGCGGAGCGGGGCGGUACCUCGCGGAGUGGAUUGUGAAUGGAGAGCCGCCCUUUGACCUCAUCGAGACUGAUCCAGGUCGUUUUGGAAAAUGGGUCACUAGGUCCUACCUGUUUGCGAAGGCGAAGGAAACAUACGGCAUGAACAACAGCUUCACGUUUCCCAAGGAAGAACGGUGGACUGGGCGCCCCACCGAGCGAGUCAGCGGGAUCUACCAGCGGCAUCUGGACAGGGGGGCACAGAUGGGAUUUCACGCUGGUUGGGAGCAGCCAGCGUGGUUUGCGACGGAAGCGGAAAGCGGCUGUUACAGUCCAAGCUUUCGCCGAGCUAACUGGUUCGAGCCUGUUCGGCGAGAAUGUGGGCUCGUCCUGGAGAACGUCGGGAUCAUUGACCUGACACCAUUUGCCAAGCUGGAGGUCACGGGCAAGGACGUUAACAUCUUCCUGGACAGGCUGCUUGCCAACAAGCUCCCGAAGGUUAACUCGAUCAACAUCAGUCACAUGCUGACGCCAAAGGGCAAAGUUUAUGCCGAGGUGACGGUGACGAGACUCGCACAAGACAAAUACUUUGUUAUCACGGGAUCAGGAUCUGAGCUGCACGAUCUCAGGUGGAUGGAAGAUCACGUGAGGGAAUGGCGGAUAGAUGUGGAAAUCAACAACGUGACCGACAGGAUAGCAGCCUUGGGUAUUGCAGGACCCCAUUCUGCCAAUGUCCUGUCGAAAUUGACUGAUGUGUCUUUGGACGACGACAAGUUCCCAUUCCUGCAUGCACGAGAAAUGUCUGUUGCCGGAAUACCUGUCACUGCACUACGGAUCUCGUACACAGGUGAACUUGGAUGGGAGCUGUACCAUGACAGGACACAGACCUCUGCAUUGUACGAAGCACUGCUGGACGCUGGCCAAGCCUACAGCAUCGGGGACUUCGGCACCUACGCGCUCAACAGCUUGCGCAUUGAGAAAGGGUUCAGACUCUGGGGUGCUGAUAUGACAGUGGACAGCAAUCCAUUCGAAGCCGGCUUGGGUCCCUUCAUCAGAAUGAAGAAACCGGCAGACUUUGUUGGGAAGGAAGCACUGCAAAAGUCGCUGAGAGAAGGAUUCAGAAAAAAACUGGUCCAUCUCAGUGUUGACGCGACGGAGGUUGAUCCCGAGGGCAACGAGACUGUCUGGUGCUCUGGCAAGGUGGUUGGCUACACGACAUCUGGAAGCUAUGGGUGUCAGGUCAGGCAGAGCCUGGCCAUGGCGUACCUCCCUACCUUCCUGACAACACCAGGCACGGAGGUUGAAGUGGAACUCUUGGGACGCCUGUGCAGUGCUCAUGUGCUGCCCGGCGCACCUGCCCAGGUUCAAGUGCUGCGAAGAAAACCUGCCCUGUGACGACUGCCAAAGACUGUACAGAAAAGCAAACGACUAUGAGCCGGACAUUCGUCGACCAUGUGCUAACAAUGUUGGCCGGUAUAGGACGCAUGACAGCGGUUGAGGUUAAGAAUCCUGUGAAUGCUUUGCCUCAAGCGCGAGCUUUCUGCCUUUGAUAACACUAUCGCAUGUGCAGCCAAACACCGGCGGGAUGCAAUGAGCACGUGCUAGAGGUGGUGCAUUUACUGAAUUUUCAGCGUGUCACACUCCUGCGGCUGUUUGGCAACAAGCUGGUGAUUUAUCGUUGUUCAGUUGCUAAGAUUUCACUCGUAUCAUUCGAAGUUUUGUGUCAUGAUGAUGGCAUGUGCGUACUUAAAUUAGAUCUAACCAUGUGAAUCAGUUGUUGCAUGAAGUGUUUCUUAGUCAUACUUCAACUUAUGGCUGGUGUCAUGAUAGCUUGGGAGAAACAAGGAAGUGCGCAGUAUGGAAGUACUGGUACUUUAUUUUUAUGGGGGUAUUGUAGAAAUCUUGUGUCAUAGAGGGGAGCUUUCCAAGUUGUAUUGCUGUACAUUGCAAGUGUCUAUCAAAUCUAGGUGACUAGUAUUUAUUGAAUUGCGUUGCAACUCCUUUUACAACGAGCAAAUUAAUCAUGUGACCAGAUAAGGUUCUGCACAAGAAUAAAUGAGUCAUCUUUAGAAAUUUAA